AUGUCGUCGCCAAGUCCGGGCAAGAAGAGAAUGGAUACAGACGUAGUUAAAUUAAUCGAAAGUAAGUAUGAAGUUACUGUCCUUGGUGGACUCAAUGAACUGAUGGUAAAAUUUAAUGGCCCUCCAGAAACCCCCUAUGAAGGGGGAAUAUGGAAAGUUCGUGUUGAGCUUCCUGAACGAUAUCCCUUCAAAUCACCUUCUAUAGGUUUUAUGAAUAAGAUUUUCCACCCAAAUAUCGAUGAAGCGUCCGGAACUGUUUGCUUGGAUGUGAUAAAUCAGCAGUGGUCCGCCGUUUAUGAUCUUACAAAUAUUUUUGAAUCUUUUUUGCCUCAACUUUUGGCCUAUCCCAAUCCUACUGAUCCUCUUAAUAGCGAUGCUGCUUCACUUUUUAUGUAUAAGCCCAUGGAUUAUGUUUCCAAAGUUAAAGAGUACGUCCAACGCUUUGCGACUGAAGAAGCUCUAAAAUCUGAGGAAUAUGGAGCUGAGUCAAGUUCAGAUGAAGAGAGUUCGAUGUCUAACUAUUCCGAUGACGAAACGAGAGAUAUGGAACUAUAG